AUGCCUGCUCGUUUAACACAAGAUUUGCGCAACACUCUCCAAUCCUUGCUCCAACGUGGUCUUUCGUUCUCAAAGAUAAGAAAUUUGUAUUCAGGAGUGGGUAACUCUACUCUUACAAGGCUCAGAAAACUAUAUUGCCCUGACACAGCUAGACCUCUUGGCGGAAGACCGAAAAAACUUGGUGCUAAAACUAUGUCCCUAGUGUCAAGAGAACUUCGAUCAGCGGAGGAGCCUGGUUAUGGUACUACCAUUAUUGAAGACGCAAUAAACUCGGGCUUGUUUGUCGAUAUUUCGAAGACAUCAUUGAACGACACUCUUGAGCACUUUGGGAAGACACCAUCUGAUGUGCGAAUUCAACAAGACAUAGCAACACCGCAUGCCUCCGGCAUUACUAAGCGAUGGUUCACCGACAAUGGGUUUAACCUAGACAAAAUUAUGAAUUGGCCACGCCAAAGUCCCAAUCUUAAUCCCAUUGAACAUGUCUGGCAUCUCCUAAAGCUUCGUCUUAAUAGGUAUCCCACUAGGCCCUCUACAAAAGAAGAAUUAGAGCGGCGUAUUAACAUUCAGUAA